AUGUCGCUCCCUCAGCGAACCGCAUCGACUAGGGCCAGUGUCCUGACCGACGGAAUGGAGAAGCCGCUGUUGGACAACCGCACAUACCGCGUCGUGCGACUAGCCAACGACCUCGAGGCCCUGCUGAUCCACGACCCGGACACGGACAAGGCCAGUGCCGCCAUGGACGUCAACAUUGGCAGCUUCAGCGAUGCCGACGACAUGCCCGGCAUGGCCCACGCCGUCGAGCAUCUGCUGUUCAUGGGCACCGAAAAGUUCCCCGUCGAGAACGAAUACAACCAGUACCUGCAACGAUACGGUGGCUACUCGAACGCUUUCACCGCUUCGUGCGACACAAACUACUACUUUGAGCUCUCGGCCUCGUCAACCGCCACCGCCACCACCAGCCAGCCCCCGUCGCUCGCCAGCACCGAUGCUUUGCCCAUUGAGAAGUCGCAAGCCCCGCUCUACGGCGCCCUCGAUCGCUUUGCCCAGUUCUUCGUCCACCCGCUGUUCCUCGAAGACACGCUGGACCGCGAGCUGCGUGCCGUCGACUCGGAAAACAAGAAGAACCUGCAGGCCGACAACUGGCGCUUGCACCAGCUGAACAAGAGUCUGUCCAACAAAAAGCACCCCUUCAACAAGUUCUCCACCGGCAACUACAAGGUCCUGCACGAUGACCCCAUCGCUCGCGGCGUCAAGAUCCGCGACGAGUUCAUCAACUUCUACCGCGCAAACUACUCGGCCAACCGCAUGAAGCUGGCUGUUCUCGGCCGUGAGAAGCUGGAUGAGCUGGAGUCAUGGGUCACCGAGCUCUUCUCCGAUGUGCCCAACCAGAACCUUCCCAAACUGCGCUGGGACGACGUACCCGCCAUGACCGAGGCCGAGCUGGGCACCCAGAUCUUCGUCAAGCCUGUCAUGGACAUGCGCCUACUCGACAUGCACUUUGUCUAUGCCGAUGAGGAGAACCUCUGGGAGUCACAGCCUGCCAAAUACCUCAGUCAUCUCAUCGGCCACGAAGGUCCCGGCUCUAUUCUUGCAUACAUCAAAGCAAAGGGCUGGGCUAAUGGUCUCGGUGCUGGCCCCAUGAACAUCUGUCCCGGCACAUCGCACUUCUCCAUUUCUAUUCGCCUCACCGAGGACGGCCUCAAGCACUACCAGGACGUUGUCAAGGCCGUUUUCCAAUACUUGGCCAUGGUCAAGGAGCAGCCCCCACAAGAGUGGAUCGUCGACGAGAUGGCCAAGCUCGCAGAGGUCGACUUCCGCUUCCGCCAGAAGAUCCCUGCUAGCCGCACUGUCAGCGCUCUGAGCGGUGUCAUGCAAAAGUCGUUCCCUCGCGACAAGCUGCUCAGCGCUCAGUCUCUGAUCUGGAAGUUCGACUCGGACGCCAUCCAGCGCGGUCUUGACUACCUCAGACCCGACAACUUCCGCAUCACCCUCGUCUCUCAAGAAUAUCCCGGCAACUGGGAUCAGAAGGAGCAAUGGUACGGUACCGAGUACAAGUACGAAAAGAUGCCUGAGACCUUCAUGAAAGACCUGGAGACUGCCAGCAAAGCUCCCUCAUCCCAGCGUCCAUCUGAGUUGCACAUGCCUGCCAAGAACGAAUUUGUGCCAUCUCGUCUCGAUGUUGAGGUCAAAGAGGUCGAGAAGCCUGCUGUUGCACCAAAGCUUAUUCGCAACGAUGUGAACGUUCGUACAUGGUGGAAGAAGGACGACCAGUUCUGGGCACCCAAGGCAAACAUCAAGGUCUUCUUCCGAUCACCUCUGGUCAGCUUGUCUGCCCUUACCGCCGUCACCACUCAAUUGUACAAGGAUUUGGUCGAAGAUUCUUUGACCGAAUACUCGUACGAUGCAGAGCUCGCCGGCCUCGAGUAUGAUCUCCAAAAUCAUGCUCAAGGCUUCGACGUCACAAUCAGCGGUUACAACGACAAGAUGGCCGUUCUUCUCGAGAAGGUCUUGGUGGGCAUGCGUGAUUUGGAGGUCAAGGACGAUCGCUUCGACAUUGUCAAAGAUCGCACUCUCCGCGGGUGGCGCAACUUUGGCUACCAACAGCCAUACCAGCAGAUCAGCACCUAUAGCAGAUGGUUGGUGGCUGAGAAGGGCUUCAUCGUUGACCAGCUGCUAGAGGAGCUCGAUCAAGUCACUGCCGACGACGUCCGCAAGUUCUUCCCUCAAGUUCUGAACCAGAUGCACAUCGAGGUUCUUGCCCAUGGUAACAUCUACCGUGAAGAUGCACUCAAGAUGACUGAUCUGGUUGAGUCUAUCUUGAAGCCCAAGACUCUUCCUGCUGGCCAGUGGCCUCUUCGUCGCUCCAUCGUUCCUCCCCAUGGCAGCAACUUUGUCUACGAGCGUACGCUCAAGGAUCCCCAGAACGUAAACCACUGUAUUGACUAUCAGCUGUUCACGGGUCUCCUGACUGAUCGCGCCAAUCGUGCCAAGCUUCUGCUGUUUGCACAAAUGUCAGAUGAGGGCUGUUUCGAUACCCUGCGCUCAAAGGAGCAGCUCGGCUACGUUGUCCAGUCCAUGCCUCUGAUGCUUACUGCCAUCUCUGGUUGGCGUGUGCUGAUUCAGUCCGAGAGAUCACCCGAAUAUCUCGAGAAGCGCAUCGACGUCUUCCUGAACACCUUUGGUGACAACCUCAAGAACAAGAUGAAGGAUGAGGAGUUUGAGUCGCACAAGACAGCCCUGAUCAACAAGCGCUUGGAGAAGAUGAAGAACCUGAACCAGGAGAGUGGUCGUUUCUGGCACCAUGUCACGAGCGAAGCCUUUGACUUUGAGCUAGUCUACCGUGACGUCGAGCACAUCGAGCCCAUCACCAAGCAAGACAUGAUUGACUUUUUCAAUACACACAUCGAUCCAGCCUCCAAGACUCGUGCAAAGAUCUCUACCCAUCUGCUUGCGCAAGCAAAGUCAGAAGAUGGCAACAGCACCAAGUCUUCGACGGAGCAGAGCGGAGAGCCUCAAGCUGUCAAGGACGAGACGGCCAGCGCCACGAGCUCGGAACUCAGAGUUGAGGAACAGAAGAAGGAAGUCGGCACUGCCAUCAGAAUCGAAGACGUCAGAAGUUUCAAGGCUAGCAUGCCUCUUUCGGAAGCCAUGAGAUCUGUCAAGGACCUGGCCGAGUUUGAGGAUCUAGGUGCCAAACUCUAG